AUUUCUGUUGUUAAGCGAGACACUUUGGACCCAUUUUACAACCUUUCUUGCCACGGCUGUUAAGCGAGUUAGUAACCCAGCCUGGCUUCCCCGUUGACCUUCGGUCACGAAAUGAACUGUUGUAAGUCGAGCACUACCGAUAUAUCAUUUCAGGCAAGUGGUGGUGUCCAGCCUCUCCCACCAUCCCUUCCUUCCUUUUCCCUCCUUCCUUCCCCUUCCUCUCUCUCUCUUUCCUUCCCUCCCUUUCUCCCUUUUUUCCUCCCACCUCCCUUUCUUCCAGAAUCCAUUUGACUUCCAAAGCUGCAACAAAAUUCCCAUUUCAGAAACAAACUACCGGAGAUCAAAGGUUGGCACGUUCCCUUCCACCUCCCCCCUCCCUUUGAGUUUUGAUAAACUGCCUACUAUCCCUGGAGUAUCCCUCUCCCCUCCCUCCCUGCCUCCCUCCCCCCAGCAGGAAGAUUUCCCUGUUCCAAGGGAGUCCUCCCCCAGGGGGAAAGUCUGAAUCCUCCUGCAGCGGUGCGUGCAAAAGAAGAGCGCCCGCGGGCGCAAGAGAGAACCACACGCUUCCUCCCUUCGCAAGACGAGAGGCGAGUUGCCUGGAAAAACGAAAGUUAAAAGCUUCGCAGAUCGCGCCUUCCUCCGGGAUUAGAAGGCCAAGAAAUGAAGGGUUGCAAAAGAACUGCGAUGGCCGGAAAAGCCGCCUCGGAGCCAGAGGCGCCCGCUUUCCAGUUGACGGCGAUGAACCAGGAGUUCCAGUUCCUCCUAUGUGACAGAUGCCACGCAGAGGUGGCCAGCCCCAAACUCCUGCCCUGCCUUCACAAUCUCUGUUCGAAGUGCCUGAAAGAAAAUGAAGAGGCCGAUCUGUGCGCCAUCUGUGGGACGCAGAUGGCAGAGAUUUCCAAGAAACUGGAAAACGUUUUCUUCGCCAACCUCCAAAACAAGCUCGGCCUCUACCAGAAGUUCACUGGGGGCAAAACUUUGGUUUGCAACAACUGUAAGAAAGGGGCCAAGUUUUGGUGUUCUAUCUGCCAAGACCUCCUUUGCCUCUCAUGCUUCCAAAGCCACCAGAAAUACCUGAAGCACCAUAGUCCCGAAACAAGACCGCUGAAGAAAUUCCAGACAGAAUCUUGCAAAGACUUCCUCUCAACCAUCAGCAAACCCAUGUUUUGUUCCAAGAUGGGGCACAACACCCAAAUGCUAAGCCUCUACUGCAGGCAGUGCAGUCAAUCCAUGUGUAAUACUUGCGCCCAACAGGACCGCAAGCACAUGGGUCAACAUUGCAACAUCAGCCAGGAAAUCCAGUCCAGGCAGAGCGAAUUGCAGAACAUGAGCGCAGAGCUGAAGGAGAAGAAGAACGUCUAUGACAAGACCUCCAGCGACCUUGAGGAUCUGGUGAAAAACAUGGAGCAGAUGAGGAAUGAGGCACAAGAGCUGAUCCAGCAGAAGAUAGAGGAGAUGAUCCAGAUGUUGCGAGCCAAGGGCGAAGGAUUCUUAGCAGAGGUAGAGGCGCAUCAUAACUACCAGGUCCAAAACGUGAAGAAGAAGCUGCAGGAGAUGGAGGGCGUGGUCCAGAGAAUCACAUCCAGCCAGACGUUGGUGGAGAAGUUGCAUCUCUAUGCUUCUGGCCAGGUGGUGUUGGAGAUGCAUCCUUUCCUGAAAAAAUCCAUGAUGGAGCUCAGAAAGAAGCAGCCCUCUACGGUAGAAGGAAUCAAAAUGAGGAACUUCCUAGAUAUCAAGAGGCAACUCCAAAAUUUGCUUGAAAGAAUGACAAAAGACAACGAAGCUAUUCCCGCUAAACCCCAAACUAAGCCUCAGGAGAACAUUUUUAGAAGAUCAUUGGUAAAAAGGGAAUGCAUUGAGCAGGAAAAGAACACUGAGCACCAUCCCAAAAUGGUCAAAAUUGAGCCGUUAAAUCAUGAGGAACCAGGGACCAUUUAUGGAGCCACUGGAAGUUCUUACGUCCCAGCAAGUCAAGAAGGCCUCAAACAAUCCUCUGAUGACACUCUACAGAUUGCUCAUAACUAUUUACAUUCAUCUGAUCAAGAAGAUAACUGUUCGAUGAACAUUUCUUCAGAAGAAGAAUCCACUGAUGAUGAUGAUGAAACCAAGAUGUUGACCUUUCCCCUGGACAUCAACCUUACAUCAUCCGGUGACCAGAAAAGUCGUAUGAAGUAUCCAUUAUGCCAAACGGAAGAUGUCAGCUCACAGUCCAAGAUCAUAUUCUUUCACCUCAAGUCUCUAUCAGGAAAUAUACUUCACCUGGUCGCCCUCGGAGAGGACACCACCAUUUUCAUUGUCACGAUUUCCUUCCUGAAGACCACAACGGACAGAGUCCUUGUGGCUGGCAUGGAUGAGUUCCUAAAGUAUCUCAGCAGCCUCCAGAGGCCCAUUUUGGUGGGAUUCAACCUAUGGUCCAUGGACCUCCCUGCCCUGCUUGAUGCCCUUCAGAAGAUCAACAAAGAAGAGCAGUUUGAGGCGUCCAUCUUUGGUUUCUUGGAUGCUUUGCCCCUCAUCAGAGAGAAGUCCCCAGAAAUCUCUAAUUAUACACUGAAGAAUUUGGACAAGAAACAUCUGGGGGGACAGUUGGACAGCACCAAGGUGGGUGACUGCGCCAAGAUUCUCAAGAACCUCUGUACCAUGUUUGAAAUUAAGAACCUGUUCCAGAGAACGCCUCUCAUCGCCUGCUCCAGCUUCAGAUGUUACGCCUCACUUCAGCCUCUCCUGCGGGAGAAAGUCCUCUCCAUGCCCUCGGUGCAGACUUUGGCUCUGCACAAUAUCUCCCUUCUCACCCUUCAGUCCGUCUAUCAAAGCGACCCCGAGAAAGGGCUGAAGAAACUCUGCAGGCACUUGAACAGCAGGCUGAGGAUCGGGGAGAAAAAAAUUCAAAAGUUGAGCAAGAGCCGCAAGUAUUUCGAAAACCUCCCAUCGUCCUCUCACAGUUCUUCCCUUCCAGAGAUUCAUUAAGGAACACGCUUCGUUACUGUGGGGUUAAAAUGUCCUGACUGAGGCCUCCUGAGAUCAUGAAGCCGACUGUCAGCCUCUGUUUUGCUGCUUGCUUUUCGGCUGCCAUUGAAACGGGGAGGGAGGGCAUGGUAUUUGGGUGGGGGAAAUAAUCUGUACAGGAGGACUGCUAAUUGGGAGUUCUUAUCACGGUUUGCGCAUGUGGAAGGAGGGGAGUUUCCCGCCAAGGCCAACUGUCCAGCAUUCCAACCUGAUGAUGAUGUUUGAAGAUGUUUCCCCCCUGACAGCUGUGGUGAUGAUUGGACUGUGGACUGGGGUACCAAGGGGAGGGGAAUGAAUCAUGUAUUGAUAUCUCUUGCUUUCGCGCUCUUUUGCUCAGA